UUGCACUCCAGUGAGCCUGGGUAAAAGCAGAUUUAUAGGUGUUGGCCCUAGAAACUAUAGACUUUUGACGGAUCCAUUUGUUUCAAGAUGGAUGCACCAUAUUGUGGUGAAUUUGGUUAUUGAUUCAGAUUUAUGUCUAGUUCGGGCUCAGGAGGAGAAAUUGUUGGGGUAGGUCCUUCAAAUUGGCAAAAAGCAUGUUUUGUGCCGGCUAAAGCAGAUACUAUUGUGGUGGCAUUUAGAAUGUGGCUAAAGAAAUAUGCGGGUGGUCAAAUCAACUGGGGAACCAAAUUUAGUGGAUCUCUUCCAUCCAUCCUUUCUAGAGAACAACUAAUGGACAGGUCUGCAAUGGUGCAUAUAAAGGUUUUAAUACGCUUAAGAUCUCUCUUCAGGUGCUUUCGGUUGCUUCAUUGGCUAUUAUGGCUACAAUUAAAUCAAUUGCCGAAAGAAAUACACUUGCAGCUGCUUCAAUUUUGUGCUUUGUGGGAUCAAAAUGGUUGUCACACUUCAUUUACAAAACCUUCCAUUUUCAUGACUACAAUCACGCCUAUAAAUGAACGUUUUCAUGUAAUAUUAUCAUUGUAAAAAAAAAAUCGUGUGAUUCCUUAUUAUGAAUAAUAUGAUUGAGGACACAAACU